AGCAUUUCCUAUCGUGUGACGGUUAAUGAUGCUAACAAAUCGUCUAGACAGCUCCUCUGACGAUGAUAUGGGCCCUCAACUACCCUCGCAAGCCCCCAAGAAGAAGCGGCGAGUCCUGCCCCACGAAAAGCUUUACGUCGCGGCUUUGCCAAAGUCGCCCCGUUACUCAAAGUCCCUGAUGCACAAGGAACAGAUCCUCUUUGCGACGUGGACUCCCCUGACUGAAUUCCUUAUCACCUCCUCGAUUGAUGGUGUCGUCAAGUUCUGGAAGAAGAUUGCUCAAGGCAUUGAGUUUGUCAAGGAGUUCAAGGCCCACAAUGGCGAGAUUAAGUCGGUUUCCGUGAGCAAGGAUGGACGAAGCUUCGCGACUGCCGGUGUGGACGAAACAGUCAAGAUAUUCGACGUUAUCACAUUCGACCUAUUGUCCAUGAUCUCUCUUAACUACGCUCCCAACUGCGUAUGCUGGGUUCAUAGCAAGGGCGCCUCGCUGCCGCUCCUGGCUGUAUCCGAGGAAACGAAGCCCCUGAUUCAUAUCUACGACGGACGAGGCGAGAAGGAGGAGGCUAUCCACACUAUCAAGGGCUUACAUAGGAAGCCUGUGCAUCUGAUGGCGUUCAACGAGGCAUAUGAAUGUGUGGUGUCCGCUGAUGAGGGUGGUAUGCUCGAAUAUUGGCGGCCGAGCGGCGACUACGAAAAGCCAGAUGGAGUUUUUGAGUACAAGAGUUCAACCAACCUUUUCGACUUCAAAAAGGCCAAGUCGGUGCCGUCAUGUCUUUCUGUCUCUCCCAAUGGCAAGAGCUUCGUAGCCUUUUCUUUACCGGAUAGGAAAAUACGCAUCUUUGACUUUGCAACAGCCAAACUACAUCGCGAGUAUGACGAAUCUUUGCAGGUUGCUGAAGAGAUGCACCGUUCAGGGGCGGGAGCUGCUAAACUUGACAAUGUCGAGUUUGGACGUAGGGCAGCUCACGAGAGAGACAUCGAAUCGCAGACGCUCAAGUACAAGUCCAAUGUUAUCUUCGACGAGUCAGGGAACUUUAUUAUCUACGGCUCCAUGCUGGGGAUCAAGGUCCUUAACACAUAUACCAAUCAAGUGGUCAAGGUGUAUGGCAAGGAUGAGAACUUCCGCGCUGUCAAUAUCGCCAUAUACCAAGGAGCGCCCCAGAAGAAGGGAGUGACGACAGUCGAGAUGGGUGCUUCCAGCAAUCCCCUUUUACAGGAAGCGGAGACUCGAGAUCCGAUUCUGGUUGCUACUGGUGUUGGUAAGGUGCGGUUUUACAUGUUUUCAAACGAGGAAGACAUCUCCAAGUCGACACGAGACGUACAGAACGAGAAACCGAUGAUGCUGGGCAACAAGAAGGACGCACAAACGAAGAAGACCGAGACGGGUACCGGAGCCGUUAUUCACACUACGUAUGGAGACAUUCACAUCCGCCUUUUCCCUGACGCAGCACCAAAGACCGUUGAGAACUUUGUCACACAUUCUAAGAACGGCUACUACAACAACACAAUCUUCCACCGUGUAAUCCGCAAGUUCAUGAUCCAGGGUGGAGACCCUCUCGGCGAUGGUACUGGCGGUGAGAGUAUUUGGGGGCGUGAGUUUGAAGACGAGUUCAGCAGUCUCAAGCACGAUAAGCCAUAUACGGUCAGCAUGGCCAACGCAGGACCUAACACGAACGCCAGUCAGUUCUUUAUCACAACAGAGAAGACGCCAUGGCUAGACGGAAAGCACACCAUUUUUGGUCGUGCUACCCAGGGAUUUGACAUCAUCCACAAAAUUGAGAAUGUGCGGACGCACAAGGAGAAGCCUGAGGAGGAUAUCAAGGUGCUUAACAUUGAUAUCAUAUAGUAAUACUUCUGACUGAGCACGAGCCUGCAACGUCGGAACCGUCCACAACGCCAUAUUGAUAUGACUAGCUCACUUUUGACAUGCUGAGCCCGUGAGGGCAUAUAGACACCAAGAGCCCUCUCCGUGACGUCGAACUCCGCUACACUGGCCGAACACAGCCAAAGUCGUCUUCCGUAGAGUUUCUGUCUUCUGUCCAUUGUCUCGACCUCUGUCUCCGAAAUUGGAGGUUUAACGGGCUAUACAGAUUACGCUGCGCACGAUCCUGAUACACCUAGACUUUGACGAAUGGAAUAUUAUUAGAACUUUCACAACCCGGUCAGCUCAUCCAGGCGGAGGUUGACGCCAGUAAGACGAAGAUUACAAAUCUAUCUCUAUCUUCACCGAAUAUCUGGUAACCUCAGGUUGGGCUGAGUCAAAAUGGGAUAAGGCAAGUGCCUAGUUAGUAGGCACCGAGGCCAAUACAAUCCUACCUGGGUAGGCAGAUCUGAGCAGAAGCGUUCUUUGGGCCUUACAUGAAUCGCACGUUCCUACUUAAGGUAGUAGACGUUGGAGUGACAGCAGAAAAGAGCCAAGGAGGGCAUAUGUCCCCUCUGCUCUAUUCAUUGCUAUAGCUUUACCAAUCGUCAGUGUUGCCAUCACCACCCGAGUUUCCUUUAACGCGCUGUUGACUGUGGAGGAAGGAAGAAAAGGAGAAAGCGGAAUAUGACUUGUUCCCCAAAGUAUGUGAAGUACUAGAUACCUAAGGUAGAUAAAGAAAAUUUGGU